AUGGUUCAUCCUCGUCCUAAGUUGACUCGACGGAGAGGUGCAUGCGAAGAGUGCCGUCAGAAAAAGGUUCGAUGUGAUGGUGCGAAUCCGUGUAACCAUUGCCAGAGUCUUUAUAAGGAUGUUUCCAAUAUAACACAGUCGCACGUGAUGAAUGACAGCAUGAUGCCGGAUUCAUCGAGCUCAGAUUUUUCUUCUAAGGUUGUUGCAGAUCAGGUUGCUGAAGACUUAGCAAGUCCUCUAAAUACGGCAUUUAGCGAGGUGUUUCUUUCGCAGUUAGGGUCCGAUAGCGCGCAUUCAUUUCUGGAUUUUGAUUUCCCAAGCGAAACCAUACCUGACACCUAUCAAACUGAGAACACAGAGGCAGACGAUCAAGCGAGUGGCCUGCAGAACCAGGUGUCGUGUGGUAACUCCACAGACGGCAUGGUCACACUCGAUUGGCCGGAGCGAGGUUAUAACGAAAACCUAUACCAGCAUAGCGCGGUUCAGUACCAUAGCUUGCUAGGAACUAAAGCAGACAGUGGCGGUGCCACAUGUACUCUUGCGCUCUUCUCGAAGCGGAUAGUAGCCGACAAAGCAGAGGUAAACGACCCAUUUCUCUUCUCUGACCUGCUGUCCCCAGCGCAUAGCACGUACAGAAUUACUGCUCUUUUCCAGAACGCAGAUAGAGGGAGCCGUAGACAACAGACAGUGCUAAACAAAGUCAACUUACUGCUUUCUUCAAAGCACCAGACCUGUUUCUCUAGUCUCUUGCGCAAGAUUGACUCUGAUAGAGAACAUCAGAGCCUGGACAUAGAUAGCCUGUCUAUGGGGAAACUUAUCCAGAAGCAAUUUGUUAACCUAGAAAAUCAGCCUAUAGACGUUAGCGAUAUGUCAUUACUGAUUGUUUCACUCGCUUGGGGGGCUUUGUUGGAUCCAGAAGUAAGCUCAGUUUCUAGAGUAGCACUACUAGAUGCUGUGCUAGAAACUUCAAUAUUGCUACUUCGCCAGAAUGGUAGCUUCCGUCAGUUCUUAGCGCUUAUUGCUAUACUUGGUCUCGCCGAAAAAACAGGAUCAGACAAGCUCUAUACGCUUAUACUUGGCAGCAUAUCGACUGCGGCUUCGUUAAACCUCUAUUUAGAACACGUUCUACGCAAGUUAUAUACUAGCGACGAGCAAGUUAUUCAGACUAGACGAGCCAUGUGGCUACUCUACGGCAUUGAUAAAUCUUAUGCGUUGAGGUGGCAGACCUUUUCUCUAGUUAGCGAGGGUUCCCUUCCGAUGGUGAACCCAUCCGAGAGCAUACCUGGGAGUGAUGUUGUGACGAUACACUCCUCGGAAUGGUUGUGGAUUCGGGCUCAAUACUCCAAGAUAUGCUCCAACAUCCUGCAGCUCCGAUUGGGCGCAGAGGAAGAGCCAUCCAAAGGGCAUUCUAACAAGGCUGUGGCACUGUCAACGGCGCUUGAAGAAUGGUAUAGGUCAACUAGGUACAAAGAACUACUCAAGCAAUCAACACGCGAGAUAAUCCCACUUUCUAGCACGAUGCCAUCUGAAUACCUCCUCCAAGACUGCAACCAUCUAUUCAUAAACACAUUUGCUUUGUGUUUGCUUGCCCAAGACAUCCUUCUAGAUCCGGACCAGGACAGUAGGAAGGAAAGCAGAGCCUUACUCAGCAUUGUUGCUGGUUUCUUUGCUAGGAUAGGAAUUAUGUUCCCGGGAAGCUCUGUUUUUGAGGAGGUGUCUGACUUAGUCGAGAUUCUCACAAAUCGUUGA